CAGACCCCCGAAGCGUGUGGGCGUAGUGGCCGGACCCUCACGGGGGAGGCGAGGGGUGGUUGGUGUCCACAGGGGGCGAAGAGGGGACCGGAGCCGAGACGCUCGGCCGCUUCCCGCCGCCCUCCGGCAGGUCCGUGGCUUUGGGGAGGGGCUGUGAGCAUCCCCCCCGCCUGCGGGAUGGGAGCAGAGAGCAGUGCUCUUCAGAGCUGUGUGCUGAGGGGGCCGCCGGUCACCCUGCCCUCUGGAGUCGCCGUGUUCCCCGCCGAGCUGCAGGAUGGCAGAGCCGCGUCGGUCUUUGUGUACAAGAGGGAAAACGAGGACAAGGUCAACAAGGCCGCCAAGCACUUGAAGACCCUUCGUCACCCGUGCUUGCUGAGGUUCUUAUCGUGCUCGGUGGAGGCUGACGGCAUCCACCUGGUCACCGAGCGGGUGCAGCCUCUGGAGGCAGCCUUGGGAGCACUGUCCUCCGCGGAGGUCUGCGCGGGGAUCUACGACAUCCUCCUGGCUCUGAUCUUCCUUCACGACAGAGGACACCUGACACACAACAACGUCUGUUCAUCGUCUGUGUUUGUGAGCGAAGACGGGCACUGGAAGCUCGGCGGGAUGGAGACGGUCUGCCAGGGGUCGCAGGCCACCCCGGAGUUUCUGAGGAGCAUUCAGUCAGUGAGAGACCCGGCCUGCAUCCCCCCGGAAGAGAUGGCUCCAGAGUUCACCGCCCUGCCCGAGCCCCAUGGACACGCGCGGGACGCCUACUCCUUCGGGGUGCUGGCGGAGCGGCUGCUCACGGCCCUGAGUGGACAGGUUUCAGCGGACGCUCUCUGCAGCUUCCGACAGACCCUGCACUCAGCCUUGCAGAAUCCCAUCCCUCAGCGCCGGCCCGCGCUCCGCACCUUACUGUCCCAUGACUUCUUCAGGAAUGAUUUUCUAGAAGUUGUGAAUUUCUUGAAAAGCUUAACGUUGAAGAGUGAAGAGGAAAAAACUGAAUUCUUUAAGUUCCUGCUGGACAGAGUCAGCUGCCUGCCCGAGGAGCUGGUCGCUGCCCGGCUGGUGCCCCUGCUGCUCAACCAGCUGGUGUUCGCGGAGCCUGUGGCUGUUCGGAACUUCCUUCCCUAUCUGCUCGGCCCCAAAAAAGCCGGGGGGACCGCGUGCCUGCUGUCGCCGGCCCUGUUCCGGGCGCGGGUGGUGCCCGUGCUGCUGCGGCUGUUCGAGGUGCACGAGGAGCACGUGCGCCUGGUGCUGCUGUCCCACCUGGAGGCCUACGCGGAGCACUUCACGCGCGAGCAGCUACGCACCGUCGUCCUGCCGCAGGUGUUGCUGGGUCUGCGGGACACCAGCACCCCCAUCGUGGCCGUCACCCUGCACGGCCUGGCUGCGCUGGUCUCCCUGCUCGGACCAGAGGUGGUGGUGGGAGGAGAGAGAACCAAGAUCUUCAAACGCACUGCCCCGGGUUUUACGAAAACUGUUGGCCUCUCCCCAGAAGGCGACCGGGUUUCUCAGCCUGUGAAACACCCUGUGAACGGGCUUUCGGAGGUGAAGAGCCUCUGCCCAGGUGGCGCCGACGUCCCGCCGCGGCCCGCGGUGGCCGAGGAGUGGCCCGACUGGAGCGAGCCCGAGGAGCCAGCGCGCAGAGCCGCGGGCUCACAGCGGUGGCCUGCAGAGCCCCAAGAGGCCACCGGGCCCCAGCCCCAGGACACGGACGCAGCAGCGGGGAGCUGGGACGACCUCGAGUGCGGCGGCCCUGGCCUGGCGGGGAGCCCGGCAGGCAGGGUCACCAUCACCCCAGGGGGGCUCCAGGCGGUCCCCACGGCGUCCCUGCUCACAGAGGCGACCUCGCCUUCGGCUUCUAGCCGACCCCCACAGACCAGUCCUGCCCUGGGCGUGGAUGACCCAGAGCAGGUUAAGCCACCGAAAGGGUCGUCGCAGGAAAGGCGCCCUCAGGGCCCCUCAGCAUGGGGCCUCGGAGAGGAGUUCACCAUUCAAGUGAGAAAGAAGCCGGGGCAGGACCCCGAGUUGGACUGGUUCGCUGACAUGGUCCCCGAAAUCAAACCCUCGGCUGCUCUUCUUGUUGUACCUGAACUGAGGGCAGGCUUGACGGUCCCCGGGGAAGAGGCUGGCUCGCCAGGGGUGCAGUUUUCCUCCAAGUUUGCUGCAGCCGAAAUGACCGAGGCGGAGUCUGAAGGCUGGGGAGACGCUGGGGAGCUGAACUGGGGAGACAGCAGCUGGUGACAGUGGCUGUGAGUUAAACUCUAGGAAAAAGGAUUCCUUUUUAUAAGAAGAAGAAAUCAAACUAAUACCUCAAACGCAGGCUCCGCAGACAAGACAGCCCCGAAGCACCCUGUUUUCCUCAGAGCAGGCGCUUCCCGGCCUGGGCCAAGGAGAGGCCGCGGGGGGCGGGGCCCGCACCUCUGGCUGAGGCCCGGAGACUCUGGACGUGAAGACAAUAAAUACAGAACUUCAAGCUGAUUAGCUUAAUUUUGUGCCAUUUCUUUAACGGUGAAAAUAAGCUCUAUUAUGAAUACUGAAAAAAAUUUUAGCUAUAAAGUAUAUUAAAUGAUUUUAAAUAGCAUAUUAAAUGAUUUUAAAUUGCUAAGGUUUCCUUAGGCAGCUUAUUUAUUUGUCCGAAGUUUUCCUGGGGGCACCUGGGC